UGCUUUCUGUCUAUAUGAAUUUAUUUAUUUCCUACAAGUGGAAUUAUAACAUGUGGCCGUUGUGUCUGAUUUAUUUGGCAUGUUUUGGAGGUUCUUACUUGUACUAUGUGUCAACAUUUCACCCCUUUUAUGGCUGAAUAAUAUUUCACUGUGCGGACAGACCACAUUUUGUUUAUCCAUUCAUUGUUAGUUUGGGCUGUCUGCACCAUUUGGUUGGUUGACUGCUGUGACCAGUACUCCUACGAACAUUUGUUUGCUUGUUUGAUACUUGUUUUAAAUCCUUUUGGGUAUAUACCGAGGAAUAGAACUGCUGGGUCAUAUGGUAACUCUACGUUUAACUUUUCAAGGAAGAAAGGAUGCUUUAAUUUUUUGAAUGUGAAUACCUUUAGGUGUCUCUCUGUCUCCUCUCUCAGUUUCCAACUUUUCUGUUUGGUUCAUUUACAUUAUUUUUCUGGCCCCUGAAGGCACCUGAAUCCCUAGAAGGCUCCUUUGGCAAAAAACACAAACAAAAAAACAACCUUAGCGCCCAAUUCCGCUGCUAACUAGCCAGAGACUUCAGGUAAACUCUUCACUUCUCACUACUUUGGCUCAGUCUCAAAAGGGAAAUAAUGCGUACCUGAGAGGAGGCAGCGACGAUCGGGGGGUGGGGUGGGGCAGAUGAACCCAACAAGCCCCUUUGGACGCUGUUCAAUUCUGGAAACAGAGGCGGGCGAGGUCGGAGGAGGAGGAGGAGGAAGAGGAAGCAAAGGAGGCGGCGGCGGCGGUGAUCUGUCAGCCCUCUGGAGGUUCGGCCGCGCUCUGGGCUGCAGACCCCCGGGUCUGAGCCGGCGCGCACAGGUUGGCCGCCCGGCUGGGCGCAACCAGCAGGGGGCUCGGGCUCAGGGACCUCGAGUCCGGACUUGGCGGCGCGCCCCGCGCUCUGGAGGAGCUCAGGUUGACUUGCCGGUGGGUGGGGGCGCCCCGGGCCGCACCCCCGGCCCCGCCCCCUACAUCCGGGGGCCGGGGCCGGGCUCUGGGCUCGCCGCGCGCCAGUGAGUCAGGCCGGGUUUUCCCUCCGCCUCUGGGGCAGGCGAGCGAGCGCCACCGAGUGCGUCUCUCCCUCGCUAAUCCGGCUCCGGCGCCCGCCCGCCCGCGUUUUCCCGGCGCCUGCCGCACGGCAGCUCCGAUCCGGCUCGCAGUCUCGGCCGGAGUUGGCGUCUCGAAGGAGGGUUCAAAUCCGCACGAGGGAACUGCAGCGCGCGAGGGGUGCGGCUCCGCAGGCCGGCAAGCGCAACGCCAGCAUGAAGCAGCUGCCUGUGCCCUGUUGAAACUUCAUGGCCACAGCCCCCGACCCUGCUGACAUUGCCAUGGGCAGCGUGGGCAGCCUGUUGGAACGUCAGGACUUCUCCCCUGAAGAGCUACGUGCAGCACUUGCUGGGUCCCGGAGCACCCGCCAGCCUGAUGGGCUCCUCCGGAAGGGCUUGGGCCAGCGUGAACUCCUCAGCUACCUGCACCUCCCCAAGAAGGAUGGCAAGACCACCAAGCGGGCCCCUCGGAAUGACCCUGCUGACUAUGCCACCCUCUACUACCGGGAACAUCCUCGAGCCGGAGACUUCAGCAAGACUUCUCUGCCUGAGCGGGGUCGCUUUGACAAGUGCCGCAUUCGCCCAUCAGUGUUCAAGUCUGCAGCAGGCAAUGGGAAGGGUGUCCUGUCCAUGCAGAGCCUGGCAGCCCAUAAGGGUCAGAAGCUGUGGCGCAGCAAUGGCAGCCUGCACACACUGGCCUGCCACCCGCCCCUGAGCCCAGGGCCCUGGGCCACCCAGGCCCGGGCACAACUGCUGCAUGCCCUCAGCCUAGAUGAGGGUGGCCCAGAGCCCGAGCCCAGCCUGUCUGACUCCUCCAGUGGGGGUAGUUUUGGCCGUAGCCCCGGCACUGGCCCUAGCCCCUUCAGCUCCUCUCUGGGCCACAUUAACCACCUUGGUGGCUCCCUGGACCGGGCCUCGAGAAGCCCCAAGGAGGCUGGGCCACUGGCUAUGAUGAGCUGCCUGCCAGAGCCACCACCCCCCUACGAGUUCUCCUGCCCCACCACUGAAGAGAUGGUGGCCAUUCCGCCUGACACCUGUGAGGACCUGAAGCGAGUCCUCGGCGAUGAGGAUGGCUCCAACCCCUUCACACAGGUGCUGGAGGAGCGCCAGCACCUGUGGCUGUCUGAGCUGAAGCGCCUGUAUGUGGAGCGGCUGCAUGAGGUGGCCCAGAAGGCUGAGCGUAGCGAGCGCAACCUCCAGCUGCAGCUGUUCAUGGCCCAGCAGGAGCAGCGGCGCCUACGCAAGGAGCUGCAGGCUCAGCAGGGCCUGGCCCUGGAGCCUCGGCCCCCUGGCACUCUCCCAGAGGCUGACCCCAGUGCACGACCAGAGGAGGAAGCACGAUGGGAGGUGUGCCAGAAGACAGCGGAGAUUAGCCUCUUGAAGCAGCAGCUGCGGGAAGCCCAAGCGGAACUGACCCAGAAGCUGGCUGAGAUCUUCAGUCUGAAGACGCAACUUCGGGGCUGCCGGGCACAAGCCCAGGCUCAGAGUGCAGAACUGGCCCAGCUGCGUGAGGCUGUGCGCAGCCUUCAGGAGCAGGCCCCUCGGGAGGAGGCCCCAGGCAGCUGUGAGACUGAUGACUGUAAGAGCAGGGGGCUGCUGGGGCAGGCAGGAGGAAGUGAGGCCAGAGAUAGUGCUGAGCAGCUGCGAGCUGAGCUGCUACAAGAACGGCUCCGGGGCCAGGAGCAGGCUCUGCGCUUUGAGCAGGAACGGAGGACUUGGCAGGAGGAAAAGGAGCGUGUGCUGCGCUACCAGCGGGAGAUCCAGGGGGGCUACAUGGACAUGUACCACCGCAACCAGGCACUGGAGCAGGAACUGCGGGCACUGAGGGAGCCCCCCACGCCCUGGAGUCCUCGGCUGGAGUCCUCUAAGAUCUGAGGCCAGCAGAGUGAGCUGACAGCAGACACACUGUCAAAAGGCACCCUGAGAGUUGGCUCAGCUCUCCCUGACACUGGUCUGGGGUGGAAUCUGCAGAGGCCAGCCCAGGGCCAGGCAGGCCCACAGAGAGAAGGGAUCUAGGGGGGCUGUGGGCUGGGCAGGGUGCCUGCAACAAGAGCAAGGGCAAGUCUCUCCUGGUAGAAGAGCACCCAGGCAGGACCCAGCCCUGCUCCCUGGUAUGGGUGUGGUCCAGGGCAGGAGGCUGGGGAGUUGAGCCUGGUGGUGCAGAAGGGCAGGCAUGAAGGCGUGAGGGAGGGAGGCUGCAGAUCCAGGCUAAGGCUGUCUCCACAGAAGGAGGCUACGAUGGGAACAUUGGCCUCCUUCAGAAUAAAACCAUGAUUU